AUGCGGAAUACAUGUUUGCUGAUGAUCUUCGUUAUAAGCAAUCUACUGGCAGCCUGUGGAAGUGCAAGUCUUCCCGAACGUGAUAAGCGUAGUUGGCUGGCGAUUGGUAAGCGCGCACAUCGACCGGCAAAUUGUGAACCCAAGAAGGGCACUAAGCCGGCUGGAGUAUCAUGCAAACAAAAGAACAGCAAUAUUGCCUCGAAGGCAGCACAGGACGCCAAGGAUGCUAAGGAUGCGCAAUUGUGUGCUGCCGAAGCCGCAAGUCAGCGAGCCAAAGAAGAGUUGGCCGAAAAGGCAGUACAGGCAGCAUGUUCUGCGGAGGCAGCUCUGGAGGGUAGAAAGCAAUUGGUGGAACAGUUGCAGAAUAGCUUAUGCGAGGCCAAUGCUGUCAUCGAGGAGGUGAAGAGCACUCUGGCCAAUAGUCAGUGCAGUGCCGAGACUGCUGCUCGAAUGGCAAGAGCGAUAAAACAACACAUGGAACGGCUGAAGUGUCUACUGCGGGACGGCAUCGAAAAUCUACAAAAAAUACGGUCUAUAGCCUGCAAUGCGCAAAAGGAAUUAAAGGAGAAGCGGCAGCUGCUGGAAAUGGCGAGGCGACGGCUGCAGGAGUUGCAAAACUGCAUGGUUGAAGCUAAGAAAGACUGCGAGCGCACAAAGGAAAAUGCAUACAAGGCGGCAUGUGCGGCCGCUGAAGCCAAACAGCACAUAGAAUCUAUGCGACGGCUGAUUUUCAAAAUAAAACGGCUGAAAAAAAAGGAUUUGGGCCCACUAAGAAGGAUACUGUUUGCAAAAGUUAACUAACUUAUUUUCACGAUUUUAUACAGAUUUCAAUUUUAAAUAAAUAUAUAUUUUAUAUUAGUCCACGAAA